AAAAAUUAUUAAUAUUUUAUAAAAUUAUUUCCUUCUCUUCAAUGUAUUCUUAAAAAAAAUUCUUGUAUAUUCUUUUAAAGGGUUCAUUCAGUCAAUGAUUCAGGAUGUCCUACAACAAUAUGGGUCGCUAGGAGAGUGCGCAUAGGGACUCAUGCCCGCCUAAUAAAUAUUAAAUUGUUUUAGAUAUACUUGCGUUUUUGCCAAUUUUUGGUAGAAUUGCUUUUUUAUGCCUAAUUUUGAAUAAAAUGAACUUGGAAGAAAGCAAAGUCAUAUUCAAUCUCCCACCUAACAAGACUUUCAAACUCACGACUAUUGAACCCCCAAUUUACACUAAUCAUGCCUAUUCUCGGACAUCCGAAUCUCAAGCCUUUCCUAAUGGUCAUCAUGGAUCCGAAUCAUGGUUUCAUGGAAUAUUAGAUGGGAAAGACUCCAAAUUUAUCGAUGACCAACAGGUUUUAGACCGACUGAGCUUCAAAAGAACAGUCCUAUCUUUUCGUGAUUUGAAUUACGUUAUCCCGGCUAAAAAAAGAUAUUUUUGGAGCCAGCGAGGACCAUCUCAUGUGAUAUUGGACAGAGUCAUUGGCAUUUUUAAACCAGGGGUAAAUGCGAUUAUGGGACCAAGCGGAAGUGGAAAAACAUCUUUAUUAACCGUGUUAGCGGGGAGGCGAGAUUUCUUGGGAGUCGAUGGACUUAUAUUGAUCGAUGGGAAACCUGUGUCAAAAAACUUUAAUAACGAAACGGGAUUCGUCACUCAAGAUGAUAUUAUGAUGGGAACUUUAACGGUGAGGGAAAAUAUUAUGUUUUCAGCUUCGCUAAGACUAUCGUCUAAAAUAUCCAUUCAAAAAAAAAGAAUGAUGGUGGAUAGGAUCAUCGAUGAACUUAAUCUCGCGAAAUGUGCAGACAACAAGGUUGGAACACAGCUAAUUAGAGGUAUAUCAGGCGGUGAAAAGAAGCGUUGCAGUAUAGGAAUAGAACUUAUAACUAUUCCUUCUAUACUUUUUCUCGACGAACCAACUAGUGGGUUAGAUGCUGCUACAGCGUAUUCCGUCAUACAAUUGCUAAAUAAACUAUCUGACAAAGGUUGCAACAUAAUAAUGUCGAUACAUCAGCCGCGUUAUGACAUUUUUAAGAUGUUUGACUCACUAAUUUUGCUUUCACGUGGUCAAUUGGUUUUCAAUGGGAAAGCAGAUAAGUCUUUAGACUAUUUUGCCUCUAUAGGAUUCAAGUGUGAAAUUCAUAACAACCCUGCCGAUUACUUUUUAGAUCUCAUAGAAGGAAAUGCUAUUAAGUAUACCAGUAACGGCGAAAAGAAGCAUGAAACUGAUGAAAAUAACAAUCCCAAAGUAAACCUUCAUACCAAAUACAAAGAAUCUGAAUAUUAUCGAGAAACUUUGUCAAAAUUGGACGAAAUUGAAAAGAAUAUACCAGAAAUAAAAAAGGAAAACUUUUUCGAACAUCGCAAUUCGACCAUGUAUCAUGCAACUUUUUGCCAACAGCUCAGAAUAGUUAGCAAAAGGACUGUAAUGAACCUAUACCGAAAUCCUCAACCUAUAUUUGUCCAAUCAUUUACAAUGAUGAUCUAUUCGUUUAUAGUUGGUACUAUUUAUUUCAAUGUCGACAAUUCGGCCUCCUUCGGAUUACAAAAUAGGCAAGGAGCGAUAUUUUUUAUCAUGAUGAACCAAGUAUUCGGUAAUAUGUCUUCAAUCGAUAUGUUCAUGAGAGUGCGUGUCAUCUAUAUUCACGAGGCAACGAAUGGGUUUUAUAGAGUUUCCGUAUUUUUCAUUUCCAAAAUAUUCUGUGAUCUUCUACCUAUGCGUGUAAUUCCUAUAUUGAUAGUAUCUAUCAUAUCGUACUGGAUGAUAGGAUUCAGACCUUACACCGUUAACUACCUUACAUUCAUGUUGAGUUUACUGUGUAUAACAACAUCGGCUAGUAGUAUAGCCUUAUGCUCAAGCGUAGUCUUCGAUAAUGUUCAAGUGGCUACCAAUUAUUGUAUACUCCUUUUGGUGUUUAUGAUGGUUUUAGGUGGUUUAUUUGUCAACUUAAAAUCGAUAGCUGUUAACUUGCAAUGGUUAAAAUACAUGAGCAUCUUCAGAUAUGGCUACAGCGCUUUAUUGAUUAACGAAAUUAAGGACAGCGUUUUUUGCGAUCCAGACGAUAAGCUUCAAAAUGGAACGAUUUAUCCUAAAUGCAUAUCCGGUAAUUCUUAUAUGAAUCAUCAAGGAAUACGUUAUGGAACCCCGUGGAAUUUAUAUUCAAAUCACUUGGCCUUGAUAUGUAUAAUUCUCAUAUUUUGGACUUUGGCGUACAUACAGCUUCGGAGACUCAAAAAAAACGCAAAUUAAUUCAAUAGCUUUUAAUUUAUUUUAUUAACCAAAAACGAAUUAAGCGAAUUGGAAUGUGGCAUAA